UCAAGCCUACUUCUAUGCUUGUAACAAACACGUAAAUACUGACAACAUAUUUUAUAUGCUCUAAACUUUAAAUUACCAAAAGCUUAAUCAUAUUAUGUUUAGUUAAAAGAUAAAAAAUAGUUUAUUCAAGUAGGCAUAUUACAAUGCGUUUAUGAACGUCAAAUAAACCUUAAGUUUAGAUCCACAAUAGUAAAGUUGAUAAUGCAGUCGGAGUCGGCAGUAUCGGAGUUGCACGUGAAAACUGAACCCUCAUGGGAUGAUGUGUGUACAAACAACGCUACCUCGUGCUCGGCGGUCUGCAUAAAAGAGGAGGAUGUGUGUGUAAAAGAGGAAACCUCUGACCCAGAGGAUGGUGCAGGCGGCGUGAGCGAGGCGGCCGCGGCGGCGGGGCUGUACACCGAUCAUGCCGUGAAAGACGAGCUCUUGCUUGGCCCCAUACUAGUGGAGCAUCGCGGUCGAGGUGUCUACGCACAGAAAGUGCAAAGUCAUCAGCAGGAACGAAACGGGAGCCCCACAAUAUUUACUAUUAAUAAAACCUACCAAUGUGAUCACUGCAGUUACACAGCGGCUAGAAAGUCUACUUUAGUUAGUCACAUAAAGACACACACCAGUGAGAAACUCAAAUGUGACUAUUGUGAUUACUCAGCCAAGAGUGAAGGUUUAUUGAGUAGGCAUUUAAGAAUGCACUUAAGAAACAUUAAGGAACCCUUAAAAAUUAAGCAACAUGUCAAAUGUAGUCAAUGUAGUUUCAUAUCUGUCAACAAAGGUGCAUUAUUACAACAUGAAAGGACGCAUAGCGCAACUUACAAAUGUCGUCAUUGUAGUUAUGUUCGUAAAAAUAAAAGUAAAGUAGAAAUACAUGAAAAGAAACACACUGAGAAACCAUAUAAAUGUGAUGUAUGCAGUUUUGCAACUAUUUACGAAAGAAGCCUUAAAUUGCAUAAAAAAAGACACGACUCACCCAUACAAGAAACGAGGCGUACCAGUAAAAAGCCCUGCUGCAAACCUCGACAUCGAAGCAAACUGAUAUCUCACAAAUGUCAUCUUUGCAGUUAUACUUCUUUUAGCAAAGCUGAUUUACGACGGCAUGGAUUGACGCAUACUGGUGACAAGCCAUACAAAUGUGGAAAAUGUGGUUAUUCUACUGUAGAAAAAAGGAGGUUACGAAUCCAUGAAACUAAACACAAAGGAGAAAAACCUUACAAAUGUGAAUACUGUAGCUACGCAACCCAUGAUCAAAGGUGUUUACGAAUUCAUGAAAAAAGGCAUGCUGAACAAACACAAACAGUCAUACAUAAAUGUGGCAAAUGUUCCUAUUCUACUACAGAAAGCAAAAGGUUACUAAUCCAUGAAUUAAUAAAACACAGCAGUGAAAAACCUUACAAAUGUGAGCUAUGUAGUUUUGCUACCCAUCUGGAGACUAACUUACGGAUACAUGUAAAGAGACAUACUGACUACAGUGACUGCAGGCAAAAACCCAUAUACAAAUGUAGCAAAUGUAGCUAUACUUGUAACCAAAAACUUUCUGUAUUAGAGCAUGAAAGGAGACAUACUGGUGAAAGGCCUUACAAGUGUGGUCACUGCAGUUUUUCUACUAGCUACAGACGUAAUUGGCGAGUCCAUGAAAAAAAACAUAAGGUGAUGGAGUCCACUACUGCUGCCGCCGAGCAGCACAGUGAAGCAUGCCAUCAGAGCGACUGGGAUCACACUUACGCGAGAAGAGACCCUGCACCAAGAGCGCGAGGCAGGAAUGUUUCUUAUUAUUUGCUUGGACAAACCGUCGCACUCAGUGUUACAGACAUAAGAUUUAAUUCCAACUAG